AAAUUAAUACAAAAAUAAUAUAAAACCGUAAACAAUGUCUGAUAAACCAGUAGUAGCAAGUGGCAAUCAGCCUAUUGUGAAAAUAGGACACUACACGUUAGGAGUCACUUUAGGGGUAGGGACAUUCGGUAAAGUAAAAAUAGGAGAACAUCAAUUAACAAAGCACAAGGUCGCAGUUAAAAUUCUCAAUCGUCAGAAAAUUAAAUCACUAGAUGUCGUCGGGAAAAUCAGGCGAGAAAUACAGAAUCUUAAGCUUUUUAGACAUCCACAUAUCAUUAAACUGUACCAGGUGAUAUCCACACCAACAGAUAUAUUUAUGAUAAUGGAAUAUGUUUCUGGCGGUGAAUUGUUCGAUUACAUAGUUAAAAGGGGCAAGCUUCAAGAACACGAGGCUAGACGUUUCUUCCAGCAGAUCAUAUCCGGCGUGGACUAUUGCCACAGGCACAUGAUCGUUCACAGAGACUUAAAGCCCGAAAAUCUUCUGCUGGAUCAAAACAUGCAUGUUAAAAUAGCAGACUUUGGUUUAUCCAACAUGAUGAUGGAUGGUGAAUUUUUGAGGACAUCUUGUGGGUCACCAAAUUAUGCUGCUCCUGAGGUCAUAUCUGGGAAACUAUAUGCCGGUCCUGAAGUCGACGUUUGGUCAUGCGGGGUCAUUCUUUAUGCCCUUCUCUGCGGAACACUGCCCUUUGACGAUGAGCAUGUACCAACACUGUUCAGAAAAAUCAAGUCGGGAAUAUUUCCAAUACCAGAGUACUUAAAUAAAAGUGUCGUAAGCCUUUUAUGCAACAUGUUACAAGUUGAUCCAAUGAAGAGAGCGACUAUUGAAGAUGUCAAAAAACAUGAGUGGUUCCAGAAAGAUCUACCCGGUUAUUUGUUCCCGUCUCCCGUGGAGCAGGACAGCAGUGUGAUAGACACGGAAGCGAUAGCGGAGGUGUGCGACAAGUUCGGUGUUCGCGAGAAUGAGGUCCACAAUGCGCUGCUGAGCGGAGACCCUCACGACCAGCUCGCCAUCGCGUACCACCUCAUCAUAGACAACAAGAGGAUUGCAGACGAAGCCGCUAAAGCAGAAAUCAAAGAUUUUUAUGUGGCUACAGGUAGCUCGCCGCCGGCCAUCGCGGACAGCGCGCGGCCGCACCCCGAGCGCAUCGCGCCGCUGCGGGACAAGGGCGCGCCCGCCGCGCAGCCCGCGCACGACAAGCAGAAGGGCACGCCCGUCAAGCGGGCUAAGUGGCACUUAGGAAUUAGAUCUCAGAGCAAGCCUAACGACAUCAUGUUGGAAGUGUUUCGCGCGAUGAAGGCGCUCGACUACGAGUGGAAAGUUAUCAACCCUUAUCACGUCAGAGUUCGCACGUUGAACAAAAUGACGCAAAAGCACAUCAAGAUGUCACUGCAGCUGUACCAGGUCGACUACAAGUCGUACUUGCUGGACUUUAAGUCGCUGUCCGGAGAAAAGGAGGACUCAGAGGAGGAACCGUCUCCCCUCACCCCCUCCCCAGUCCCCUUACCCCCAGUGCCCAUCCCAACCCAGCCGCAAGGCCACCACACCAUGGAGUUCUUUGAAAUGUGUGCAGCGCUCAUUAUUCAACUCGCUCGGUAAUAUUCUAGAACUUCUAGCCUAUGAUAGAUUUCUAGAAGUGACAACAAGUAACAUCCAAAGUACCCUUCGGUCUUGAUAAUUAUUGCAAUAUAGUUAAUUUUGAAAUAUACUUUGUUUUAUGUAAAUUGUGUAAAUUAUUUUGUUUUGUGUAUUUUGAGUAAAUUAUUUUUGGAGAAUCACUUGUGAUGUUGUCAUUAAUGUUUAAUCAAUAUCCAAGUGCAAUUUCAUUGGAAGUAUAUUGUAAGCUUAAUCUCUUACAGAAGUAUUGUAGCAAUUCCAAAUUAGGUUUCUUUAUUAGUUAUGUAUAUAUGUGACAUAGUUUCAAUUGAAUAAAAUCUUGACUUGAAACAAUAACGGAAAUUGUCCUAGAUAUUAUUAUUGUACUUUAUUGUAACAAAAAAAAAAAUUUUUAGACAAGUUUGUAAUUGUAAAAAAAAUAACUCAUAAAUAGUAAUAUAUUUUGUUAAAUAUAAAAAAGUUGACUAUAAUAAAAUAAAGAUAAUAAUUUGUAGACUUCGCUUUACUAAUAGUAAUACAUAACUUAAUUAUUAUUAAUAAUUUAUUUCAAUAAUGAAAAUAACCUGCCCCAGAGUAUUGUAUGAAACGUUUAAUAAUGUAUUAAUAUACAUGUAAAUAGAACAAAAUGAGAGCUGAUGUCAGUGUCGUCACCAAAGAAAAUAAGAAAGUGCCUUUGUAUGUAAGAUAUAUUCCAGUAGUGUGUCCUUUAUUUUCGACCUUAAUUUCAAUUAAUAAAAACAACUUUUGACCUUAUAUAAUACAAAAUUGUCGCCUUUUUAUAAUUAUUAUAUGUAUUGACAUUGAAAUUGUGGAAAUUAAAUUUAUUUAAAAAUGUUUCGCUCGCUUUUAUAUGGGCGACAGUGUGUUAUAAGUAUAACUAAAAAAUAUUAAAAUUGGGUCUGAAAAUAGUUAUCAAAUUUUAAUUUCUUUAACAUUAUUUUUAGAUGAUUUUAUUGAAGAUCGGAAUUAAUUUCAUUCCUUUCAAGCCAAGUCUAAUAUAAAGUAAAUAUCUAAAAAAUCAUAAGUUUGUUCCUAUUAUACUAAAUAGCCUAUAACAAAUGAAUUUGUGUGACGUAGACUCAAUCGUGACGUUGAUAUCCAGUAGGAUAGUCAUUACAUCUGUCAAAUUACACAGUAUGAUAAUUCAUACACAAAUUUAAUAUUUUUUUGUCACUAUAAAAUGACUGCUUAUGUAUCAGUGAGGUAAUUUCAGUAGAGACUAUGGGUGUACCUAGAACUUUGUUAAUGUGGGGCAAAAAAAAAAGUUUGUUAAUAGGUCGAUAAGUAGGAGAAAAUUAAUUAUUUUCACUAGCUACACUACUUCAAUAAUAAUAGCUAGAGGUUUUGACUCAAUCUAUUUAAAUCUAAAAUAUCAAUUAUUUACUAAAGCUUCGAGUCAGGGUGAGGCAAAUGCCCCCACCUUGUCUCACCGUGGGAACGACAAUUCUUGUUCUUAAUCAAAUUACAGCAGUCACUUUCUGUAUAAAGCAAUAAUUUUAAAUUUUCCCAAGGUGUCGGUUAUCGUAAAAUAAAAUGUAGCUUUAAUGUCAUUGAACGUAGCGUAGCUUCAAGAUUAUAAGGAAAAAUAAAUUAUUUAGAUCGCG